UUCGGGCACCGGACUGAUGACGUGGUUCGGUCUGUUGACCAUAGCAGCAGGAUGGCCGACCAGAGUAGGCAAAUUAAACUCGCUGCAGCUAAGAAAAAGCUGAAGGAGUUUCAGCAGAAGAGCUCCCCCUCUUCUGUAGGUGGAGACAAGGGUGGAGGAGCAGUGUCCAAGAAAAAGAGAAAAGUAAAGGGACUUAACCAGCUCGAUGCACCUUCAACAGACAGAGACUCUCCAGACAAUUUUGACAGUAUUCUGAAAGCACUUAGUCAAAGCAAUGGCCUAGUCCUUCCUCCUUAUGGCAACUGUCAGACUUUCGCUGACAUGGAGGUUGUGGGGUCUUCAGUUCCCCAGCUACCAGAGGAUUCAAACAGCGAGCCUGAUCGCGGCUCACCCAUGUUUAACCCUGCUAGUGCUAAUGCUGCUACUAACCCUGAGUCUGUCAGUCACGACACCGACCCACAGGACUAUCCUGACACCAAUGGCAAUGAGAAGUUAAAAAAUGAUAAUAGACCGCUGUCUUCCACAGAGAGCCUGCGGCAGCUCUCGCAGCAACUAAACGGCCUCGUCUCUGAGUCAUCUGCUGCCUACGUGAAUGGAGACAGUGCAUCUUCUGUCAGUGAAAAAGAACUGGAGAGUCAGAACCAGGAGCUGGCAGCCGCCCUGGAAUCAAGCAAGCUAACAAACUCUCAGCUGAAUACCAAGCUAGACCAGCUGGCACAACAAACUCAGGGCCUCACAGAUCAGCUACAAAAGGAGCGAAAGGAAUUUGAACAGAGAUUCUCAAAAGAACAAGGAGCCAUGAGGGAGCAGUUACAGGUUCAUAUCCAGACCAUUGGUAUACUGGUGUCAGAGAAAUCUGAGCUACAGACAGCACUACAGUACACACAACAGGCUGCACGACAGAAAACAGCUGAGGCAGAGGAGCUAAACAACCGUUUGCAGACAACAAAGCAGAGAGUAUCAGAGCUGGAGCGGACUCUCUCUUCAGUGUCAACACAGCAAAAACAAUUUGAGAAGCAAAACAAAGAACUUGAAAAGGAAAGAGACAGCCUGAGACUAGAAGUGUUAAGACUAAACAAUUUAAGUGAAGAGUCAAAGCAGCAGCGCUCGGAGCUGUCAGAGCAGUUAAAGCUGAGUACACAAGAUAAUUCUGUAAUGAAGAUAGAGCUGGACGAUCUUCACAAGAGGCUCGAGAUGGCUGAGCUCAUGUUACAACAGUACUCCAGUCAGUCUGAUCCCACCACUGCCAACCAGCAAGUCCAUUCACUGCUGGAAGAGAAGCAGCACCUAGAAGCACAUAAUCACCAGCUUCUGGAGUCCAUUGCAAAACUAAAGACUGAGAGAGACCAUUAUGCAGAACAGAUCCAGGAAGAGGGUCGUGUAUGGAAGGACAAAACAGAACAGCUCUUAGCACAGGUGUCUUUGGUGGCAGAGGAAAGAGACAGAAACAUUGAUCGAGUCCAAGAACUGGAGGCCAGCGUUGCAGAGCUUAAGAAUGCUGCAGCUCUAUUGUCCAUGGAGAAAGAAGCCCAAGAUGGUGCAGAGUCUCAGCCCUCAGGGCCGUCAGAGAGUGAGGUGGCUCUGCAGGAUGCUCUUAGCAGUCUACAACAAGAGAAAGAUGCUGUUUCUGCACAGUAUCAGGCACAGCUGCGAGAUAAUGAGCAGCUGAGCCGCCUUUGUGCAGAGCAGGAGAUGCGUCUGGGAGAGUUGGAGCGGCAGGUGGAGGGUCAAGCCGAGGAGGCUGAGGACCGGCGGCGCAUGUUGGAGGAUGUUCAGUCAGACAAGGCCACUAUUAGCCGUGCACUCACCCAGAACCGCACACUGAAGGACCAACUGGCUGAGCUACAGAACGGUUUUGUCAAACUGACUAAUGAGAACAUGGAACUGACUACUGCCAUCCAGUCAGAGCAACAUGUGAAGAAGGAGUUAGCUCGAAGAUUGGGUGAAUUGCAGGAGGAGCUGCACAAUGUCAAAGAGCAGCUGGAGUUGAAAUGUCAGGAGACUCAGGGUCUCAUUGAGCAGAGGGAUCAGGUGGCGGCUCAUCUGCAGCAGUACUGUGCCGGCUACCAGGCCCUGGCUUCAGAGAGAGAACAGCUCCAUCAACAGUAUCUGCAGCAGAGCCAGCUCAUGGACCGGCUGCAGCAUGACGAAAGCCAUGGCCGUGCACAACUGGAGAUGAGCUACAAUCAGCUGAAACAAGCACAGGAGCACUUGGAGCAGUUAGUAAGAGACAAUGAGCAGCUGAAGGCGGAGGUGAAGGAGCUGCUCAACAGUUCAGCCCUUGUAACAUCAUCCAGAGACCAGGGAGAUGGAGUGGAAAGCCAGUCAGUACAAGAAAGCCCAAAAAAGUCUUCUUCAUUAAUUAUUCCAGACGACUUUGAGAGCCAGAAGGAGAUGGAGAAUUUUAUCCAUGGAGCUUUGGCACAGUUGGAAGCAGAGAGGGAUGAAGCCAGGAGGCACCUGGAGGAGGAGCAUAGGCUCCACAUGGUAACCCGGCAACAGGCCGCUGUGGCCCUCAGGCUGGAGCAGCAACAGCACAGCUACAAACCUGUUCAUGACCAUGAUCAUGAGCACGAUCACAGUCAUGAACAACAUAGUCACUGUGAACACAGUCAUGAGCAUUCAGAAGGAGGAGUGCCAGUGGAAGUACAUCAGGCCCUCCAAGCUGCAAUGGAGAAGCUUCAGCAACGUUUUACCUCCCUCAUGCAGGAGAAGGCUGACCUGAAGGAGCGCGUGGAGGAACUGGAGCACCGCUGCAUCCAACUAUCUGGAGAGACUGACACUAUAGGGGAGUACAUUGCCCUGUACCAGAGUCAGCGAGCCAUCAUGAAGCAGAAACACCAAGAGAAAGAGCAAUACAUUAGCAUGCUGGCCCAGGACAAGGAGGACAUGAAGGCAAAGCUGGCAGAACUGCAGGAUCUCGUGAUGAGGCUGGUGGCAGAGAGGAACGACUGGUACAACCGCUACACUGGAGCUAUAGCCAGUGUGGGAACAGUAAGCCCUGACCUGCUUCCCGUCGGGGAGGAUCACACUCAUUCAGAGCAGCAAGCGCACACAAACACCGAGCUUAGAGCUGUCAAUGGAGCUGAAGCCAUGGAGGUCAGUCCUCAGUCCGAGUCUUCUGCAGCUCUGGAAGCCACCUCAACCCAAAUACUAUCAUCUGGGCCUGUUCAGACUGAGUCCAAGCCUCUGGUGCCCAAAGAGGACGGUACAGCCCAGCAAAUCAUGCAGCUUCUCCAGGAGAUCCAGAACCCCCAGGGAGCUCUGAGAUCACCCCCAUUCCUCGGAGAGAACCCCUGCAUUCCCUUCUUUUAUCGGCCUGAUGAGCAGGACGAAGUCAAGAUUCUUGUGGUGUGAGUUGUUGGUGUGAUUGAGGUUUGCGUGUCUGUUUGUGUGCAUAAGAGAUCUUGGAUAUGUCUUGAAAUGUGGGGAGUUAACCACGUUUGUAGCUUAAUAUUCAUUAAAAAAAAAAAAAAAAAAAAAAAAAAAAACCUGGUCAGUGAUGUAAACAAGUCUUUGACCCAGGUACAUUGAAAAUGCCCCUUCGUUAUUUUUGGGUUUCAGCACCAAUUUGUGUGUGACUGAAAUGAAAGCUUUUCUGUUGUUUUGUGUUUUUGUUUGUCACAGAGAAGAGAUAAUCAGGAUUUCUAAAUGCAAUUCUAUUAUUCUCCUUUUUUGCAACUUUGAAUUCCCAUCUCACACAUAUGUGCAAUAAAGGGGAUAUAUAUUCUGCCCCUUGCUGAUAAAGUACUUAAAGAGCUGUUAAGCAUUAGCAUUUUUGGAGCAACUUUAUUCAAGUACAAAUCUCAGUUUUAAUUCACUGUACACAUGCCAAAAAAUAGCAUCACAUUUGAAUGUAAUAACACAAACAUUUAACUGUGUGAAAUCUGAAAAGAAGUGAGCAGAAUGGUGCAGAGAGAGGAUGUCAGGUUGGGUGGUCUACUAAAUGCAGAAAGGUGUAAGGUUAAGUUCAGUCAAUAGAGGAACUUUGUGCACAUAGAAGCUUUUUAACUGCAGGUGCCGUUCUGUCGAAGUCAUGAGCUUGUUAAGUUACACAGUCAAGUUCAGGAAGAUUAAGGGGGAUGUUGCUGAUUGGUACUGUUCCGAUAAACUACCUUUUCUUUAAUGUUUGUUCUUCAAACACUGAAAAUAAGUCAUGUAUUUACACUGUUAUGUUUAUAAUUGUGAUUUUGUGUGUGUGUGUGUGUGUGUGUUAUGGUGUUUCAUACAUCAACUAAGGCUGAGAAGUUGCCGCCAUUACAAGUUGGUGGUUGAUCAGAUUAAUUGAGGGCAUAGAGGCAAUUUAAAGACCCCAUGAUGUUAAAACAUGUAUUAGUAGAAGUUGUGAAGGCCAGACUGUCAGGGUAAAUAGUGGAGCUUGGGUUGCUGUGCUGCACGCUGCUUUCCAUGCCGUUUCUCCAAGUUGGCCCAUUUUGUCUUUGUCAUUAGUAUGAUAGAUAGUAAGCUAUGUAUUAAGUGCUGGGGCAUUUGGCUGGCCUCAUCACAGAGACUUGGUUCACAUUCCUGUCACCUAUCUCAGAUUUAUUUUUCUUCAUGGGGUCUUUAACUUAAUAAACAAGUUGACUGAUAAGAGCCUGUUUUUUGUUACGCAUACCUGUAGAUUUGCAUAUCAAAAGUGAAUGAAUGCACACCUUUAACAACUGGACUGUGAGUGUGUCAGAAUCCAAAUCCUCUUCAGCCAAAAUUACAUCAGUUUUUUUUUUGUUUAGAGUUCUAUCAGAUUAUAGAUACUAUGAUAAGUAUGAUUGCACUAAAACUGUACAAAGCAUCUCAUCAGGCUGUGUCUUCUCUGGCCAGUUGGACAGAGCAUCUCAGCUUCAGUGGGCGGGGAGUCCUAUGAAGCCUCGUAUCUGUGCCGAGGAUUCCACUGAAUUUAUCAGAGUAUUGGUGUGUAUUUGUGCAGCGUUGCACUCUGAGGACUUCAAAAUGUCCUUAUGUCACCAGGUGAGGGACCAGUCAGGAUAAGUCUCUUUACAAAUCCAGAAAUCAAACACAGUCAAUUUUUUUAUGUUUACAUUCUGUACUUGUUGUCUGAGCUCUUAAUCUCUUUUGGGCAUUAAUAAACAGAAAUGAGAGAGAAUCCCAAGAUCAGAACUGAUAAAAUACAAUGUCUAUAAACAAAAUGACAGCUUUAAGAAAAGUUCUUGUUUUCACAAAGGUCGAUUUAAAUGGAUCCCUUCUCUUUUACAACUAAUAACAGACUUUUGAAGCUAUUGUUUGGCCUGUCAUUAUAAUUUGAACUUUUCAAUCCGCUCUGUUACGCUCAUUUAUUACGAAAUUGCACACUUAAUAUUUAUCACUUAAAGUAUCGGAUUAGAAUGAAGUUGCAAGAAGCUUUUUUUGGUAUAAGGUGUAUUGCAGCCACAUGUGCUUGUUGGUGUUGGCAGAUAAAAUAAAACACCUUUAAAAAGCAGCAGUUUGGUAAUCACAGGUUGCUUUGAGUAAAUUUAUUCUAUUAUUCUAAUUUUUCAGAAUUCUGUCAAACUUUUGGCUUUGAACAUGAUUUCAUUAGUCUUUUUUUGGGAGUGGUCAGAACAAGAUAUAAACACACAUUAAAACUUGUAGAGUUUUUUGAUGGGAGGGGCUUGUUAAAUAAAUUAAUGUGGAUAAAAUAAUUUCGGAUGCUUUGUAAUUCACUGCUUAAUAUGUUAUGCAUAGUUGAAACAAAGAAAAAGCAUUUACUGUCUUUACUAUAAAAGAGGUGGUGUAUAUACUGUAAGUGUGUAACAUAUUGUAUAUUCAUAAUGCCUGACGUGUGUUGGGAGAGCUGCUCUGCCAUGUUUACUGGCAGAGUGGAUUGUAUGUAUGUCUGUUUCCACAGAGUUAGGGUGUUGGUGGUUACUGACUGGCUGUGAUUUAAUACAAAGAUUGACAAAAAAAGAAAUAUUCUAUUUAUUUGAAAAAAGUUAGUUUUCCCACUAAUCAGUUUUAAUAUAAACUAUGAGGGUAGAUUGGAAUGAAGGAUCACUGAAACUUGAUUUGAGUGCUUCUGACAGAAGCUUUAUGAUUUUUUUUUUUCUUUUUUUAAGUAAUAUUUUCUCCCCUUUUCCUGAAUAAAACCGAGCAACUUAA